AUGGAAGAUGAAGAAGAAACUCUAGUACGAUCCAGAACACCUAUGUACAGGCUUUACUUCAAGGGUUUGGUAACCGAGGAAGCAACAGUGAUAUCAGCAGGAUUUGGAAUUGCAAUAUGCGGCGACAAGGAUGAUUUGUUGUUCGAUAUGAAUAGACCAAUUCAUGAACCUGCCAUUACACGUUUAGAGGCUGAGAUAAUAGCAUUGAAGUGCGGAUUAGAAGAAGCUGUGAGUAUGCAGAUCAAAGAUAUCUCAAUCUGCUGUGAUAAUGAGCAGAUUUUCGAAUUGGUCAUGGGGAGAUCUAUGCUAGAGCAAGAAAACAUUACCAUGUUAAUACGUGAUGUGCAAGGCAUCAGACAAUAUUUAAGGUCUAGUAUCCCUGUCUUGUUGACUCGAACUCAAGCUAAUUUCGCCUACGAAUUUGCGAUAGAAGCAAUCAUAUAUAUGCCUGUGCAUGUGCCUGUUCAGGAAGAUAUGCAUGUUCAGAAAGAGUUUUGCAGUAUCUGUAUGAAUGAUGACAUCAAUGCUGACCAUAUGUUUGGUAAUGAAUUAUGUGGUCAUAAGUUCUGUUCCGACUGUGUCAGAAGUCACAUAGAAGUGAAACUAGCCAUGUCAAGUUCAGUGACAUGUCCUGGUUAUAAGUGCAAUUCUCGACUGAGCUAUCGACUUUGUGUCAACAUUUUGACACCUGAACUAAAAGAGAAGUGGGAACAAAAGAUCAAAGAUGACUCUAUUCCCGUGACAAAUAGAGGCUAUUGCCCUAACCCUAGAUGCUCGACUUUAAUGUCUGAAACUGAGCUCUCUGGACAAUUUGGAUUUAGGCAAUACUGUGUGAAAUGCAAUGAACCCUUUUGCAUAAACUGCAAAGUUCCUUGGCAUAGUAACUUAUCAUGUAACCAAUACAAUAGGUUACAUCCAAACCAAACAGUAAACGAUAUAUUGCUAAUGGAGCUAGUGAAUGAGAAAAGGUGGCGUCAAUGUAGAAAGUGUCAACACAUGAUUGAACUUUCUGAAGGAUGCUCCAGCUUAAUUUGCAGAUGUGGACAUAAGUUUUGCUAUGAUUGUGGAGCUGAUACUGGAUCAUGUUACCAUGGUCAUAACUUUCCUCGACCAAGGGUACUAAGGAGGAGACAGUAUCGUCUUAGGUUAUGCUGUUUUGGUUGUUGA